AUGGGACGCUUCUUUAAUCCAUCAACAAUUUCAUCAAUUGUCAGACAUUUUCAAGGUAUCGGUAUUACUCUUAGUCCUGGAUGGUUAAAAAUCCCAGAAAAACUUCAAAAAUUUGAAGAUGCAAUAAUUUCUUUCUUCGAUCAACUAUGGGAAGUUAUUCCAAGACUGAAAGAUUUCGAUGUAUCAGUUAAUUUCGUUUUUGUUACAGUUAUGAUUCCUAUUAUUCUCGAUCUUUUCCUUAUUUGGACAGCACAAGAUGAACUUCUUCCAAAUCUUAUUCACUUAUUGGAUAUGGUAUUUGCAAUUGCAUUCGGAUUUCAAGUAGGCUAUUUAUGCUUUAAUACAUCUAGAGUAAAAUGGGAAACUUAUUUUCUUAUAAUUAUCUCCGUACUUUGGUUUGCAAUCAGAAUUUACAGACUAAUCAAAAAGCAUCGUCAUUCUAAACCAGAAAUUGCAGAUAUUGUCGAAGAAAUUAGAAAAUAUUACAUGAAAGACAUUUUACCAGGUACUGAGUCUAGUUUAACAGAAGAAACUUUAUACGAUCUAUGCGAACAAUACGAUACAUCUAUCAUGCUUGAACCAAUUGCUCCUAAUUGGUUAAAUAUGAUUUUCUUAUUGAUAAUUCUCGCUGCUUCGUUAGCAGCUUUCCUCGCAGGAUGUGGUGUUUAUGCUAAAGGGAAGCUUAACAUCUUUUUCAAAGUUGUUGCCGCUGGAAUUGGGUUAAUUGUCUUUUUGAUCAAUUUAUUCGUUUUUAUUAUGAUCGUUAUACCAUGUUGCAGAGCACCGUUCAUUAAAGUACGGCUUUUUGUCAAAAAAUAUUCAUUAUAUAUUUAUAUUUUAUGUUUAGACUUCCUUUACAUUCCUGUAUGCAAUCGUUUCCUUGAUCUCUUCUCAUUCGAUGAUUUUUCAUGUCCUGUUGGCCAAUAUUACCCAAUCAGAACAAAUGUCACUUCAUAUUUGACUUCUCUUACAACAGGAUUCAUCAAUUUCACAUGUUCACCAUGCAGUGAUCCCAUUACAGGCAUUUGCAGCAGCCUCUGUGAUGGUUCAAAGAGACAUUAUAAUAUCUUAUCGCCGCAAAUCACUGUAAAUCGUGAUAUAUUAGGUAAAGCAGGUCCUUCUGUUGUUUACGGCUGUUUGUGCAUCAUUAUUGGUAUUCCUCUUUGUUGGAUCUAUUUAAUUCACCACAACAAGAGCAUUAUGUGGCGAAUUCCUGCUUUUGGAGAAAGUCCACUUUCCAAAUGGUUCUAUCUUACGAACCACUUAACAACAAGUGGUAAAAACUUGUUCUACAUGUAUACGCCGAAGACUUGUAAUUGGGGCAUUUUAGUAAUGUGUUCUAAGUUCAUUUUCGUCAUAAUUACAAUGAUUUCUGAACGUGUGAACAAGAAAGUAAUUUGGGCAUCACUUGGCGGAUAUAUAAUUCUCCUUCUUGGAAAUUGGUUUGCGCAACCAUACAUGAGGAGAUUCAACAAUGUAUUGGAUACAAUGAUUUACGGUGCACAAAGUUUAUUGACAUUAGUUCCUAUUUGUGCAUUGUUUGGAAAGAUUGUUCCUAACUGGUUUUCCAUUCCUUUGAGUAUUAUUAUUUCUAUUUUACCUCUUUUCUCUAUUUUAGUUGUGUUGAUUUGCAAGCCGAAAGCAAUUUCUGGCGAAGAAUAUGAUCCUUGGGCUUGUUACGAUGAAGACGGAAACAAAGUCGAAGGAAUCAUUGAAGACAGAACUUUACAUGUUCCACAAGUCCAUUUCAUGACAAUUUGGCAGCUCCAGGAAUUCAGGAGUUUAAAGAUACAAGAAAUGAGAAUGCAGAAUUACGAUGAAGCAAUUAUAAAAGCACAAGAAGAAGAUAUGGAAAUGGAAGACCCCGAGUUAGGUGAUAGUGAUGUAGUCGAAGUUUCUUCUUUAGUUCUGAAAGAAAAAAUUACAGAAAUGGAAGCAAAAAUUGACCAAAUUUGUGACGCAACAUCAACAAAACAGUUGAUUAUAAUAUCAAAUGUUGUUUCUUUGAUUGGCUGCUUAGUUAUGGGUUAUUUCUUCGGUUCAACUUUUGGAGAAUAUAUCUUGAAGAAUAACUACAAAUGUGGAAUAUAA